AUCAAAUAUUUCUAUAUUGUAUGAAAAAUAUGCGAAGCCAUUACAUGAUGCUAGAAAACUUUAAUUUUUCGUGGAUGAAAUUAGCAUACGUAAUAAUGCCAAAGAAAAAAGAAAACUCGAGCGGUAAGUAAAACAGUUCAUACUAUUUUUAAAUUGAUUGUUUGCAUUCACGAGAAAUGGGGGGAACUGGUGACACAAUUUAAAAAAAAAACGAGCGGGAACGCGCGCGUAUAGUCUGGACGCGACAGAAAUAGCAAAGGGGGAGGGCAAAAGGGGGGAUGGCGGGAACACAACAUGUCCGCGCUAUGUGGACACGCACGUGUGUUAUUCUCCUGUGCAUCAUCUGUAUUUAUGCGGAGGAUGACUUGCGAAUCGGCGUGGUAUGCACGGAUCCAGAGCGAGGGGCACGGCUGGCGGCGGCUGUUGACGCGGCUCUCGACUGCGAGGAGCCUUGCGCGGUGCUGCUGCAAGCCGAGCCAUUGGAACCACUCGCUCUUCCCCAAGCUGUUUGCGAUCAGGGUGGUGGACUGAGUGCGCUGGUCGGUGACGUGGAAGCACUUCCUGCUGCGGUACGCGCAGGACUGCCGCUGUUUCUUCCAGCCUCUACGCCUACUACUGACGCCGUCUUCUCCUUACAACUGCUGCCUGAUCCUGACCUUAUAGCUCAGGCAUGUGCAGAGGUGUGCCUGGCCAAGGGUUGGAGCAGCGCGGUGCUGCUGCACGAGGCGGGGGCGGGGGGCGCGGCGCGGCUGGCCAACGCCGGCGUCGACAUCAUACCCCACCAGCUGCCGCCACCAGAGGAUGAUGCUUUGCUCAGGAACCUACUUCUAGUAUUAAAGAAGUUCGGCGCGACAAAUUUCAUAAUCUGGUGUGAGGCGGAGUGCGCGGUGCGAGUAUUGGACGCGGCGCAGCGCGCGGGCCUGCUGGGUGCGCGGCACUCCUACCUGAUGCUGGCCAUCGACUUCCACACGCAGGACCUCUCCGGGUACAGCCACAGUGGAGCUAAUAUCACCAGUAUACACUUAUUCGACCCGGAGUCGGAGCGUGUAACCGCACUGGUGGCGCGCUGGCGGCGGGCGUACGCGCGGCGGCUGGCGGCGGGGGAGGGCGAGGGCGCCGCCAGCGAACUAGUGCUGGCACACGACGCUGCGCGUGCUGCCGCCGCCGCGCUGCAGCAGCUGCAGCUGCCGGCCGUCGCGGGCGCCUCCUGCACCGGCUGCGCAGCCUUCCAUGCUGAUACCCUGCUAAACUAUAUACGAUCGGAGGAGUGGGGCGGCGCGGGGGGCGCGCUGCGCUGGGGCGCGGGGGGCGCGCGGCGGGCGGCGGCGCUGUCGGUGCAUGAGCUGCAGCGCGGGGGGCGCGCGGGGGCGGUGGCGCGCUGGGCCCCCCGCACCGGCCUCGCCUGGCAGCGCCGCGACGCGCCCGCGCCAGACCCGCCCUCCGACAUCAUGACCAACCGCACCUUCAACAUACUCAUCGCACUGAACGAUCCAUACGUGAUGAUCCAGCAGUCGACUGACCGCCUCUCCGGCAACAACCGGUACGAAGGGUACUGCAUCGAGCUGAUAGAGAAGUUGGCAAAGCUUCUGAACUUCAACUACACGUUCAUCGAGCAGGAGAACGGCGUGUACGGCAGCUACUCGCCUACACGCGGCUGGAAUGGCAUGAUGCGCCGCCUCAUGGAUGACCCCGACAUCCAGUUCGCGAUCACGGAUCUGACGAUAACGGCGGACCGCGAGCGCGCCGUGGACUUCACCACGCCCUUCAUGAACCUCGGCAUCAGCAUCCUCUUCCGCAAGCCCAAGCCGCCGGGACCCGCCUUCUUCGCCUUCCUGCUGCCCUUCUCCAGCGGGGUGUGGGUGUGCCUGGGGUUCGCGUACCUGGGCACGUCGCUGGUGCUGUACGUGGUGGGGAGGCUCUGCCCCGAGGAGUGGCAAAACCCCUACCCCUGCAUCGAGGACCCUCCCGCCUUGGAGAACCAGUUCACCCUCGCGAAUGCGCUCUGGUUCAACCUCGGAGCUGUUUUACUCCAAGGCUCUGAAAUAGCACCAGUUGCGUACGGCACGCGGGCGGUGGCGAGCGCUUGGUGGCUGUUCGCGCUGGUCAUCACCAGCUCCUACACCGCCAACCUGGCCACGCUGCUGGCCAAGAAGACCCCCACAGACCUCAUACACAACGUGCAGGAGCUCGCUGACAACCCCUACGGGAUUAAAUUCGGGGCUAAAGCAGGGGGAUCUACUUACACAUUCUUUGAGAUAUCUCAGAACGCACUCUACCAACAAAUGUAUCAAAAGAUGAAGGACGAGAAGCAGCCGGAUUCUAACGUAGCAGGGAUCGAGAAAGUGAGGAACGAGAAUUACGCCUUCUUCAUGGAGUCGACGUCAAUAGAAUACAACAUAGAGCGACAGUGCGAUAUUACUAUGGUGGGGGAACCUUUGGACAGCAAAGGAUAUGGCAUCGCUAUGAAAAAAAACUCGGAGUACCGGCAGGCCAUGAACCUGGCGCUGCUGAACCUGCAGGAGGCGGGCGAGCUGCGCGAGAUGAAGCAGCGCUGGUGGCAGGAGAUGCACGGCGGCGGCGCCUGCAAGGAAGAAGAAGAGCACGGCGGUGAAGAACUGGACAUGAACAGCUUCCUCGGUCUAUUCGUGGUGCUGGUGGUGGGUUGUGCGCUGGGAGUGGUGGUCUCCUUCUGUGACCUGGCGUGGGCCGCCGCUAGGCAUCCUAGGGACCCAUCGGAGUCCUACAGACGUCGAUUAUGGACUGAAAUCCGCUUCGUGUUCAGUCUAGAACGUUCUGAGAAGCCAUUAUACGGGCCACUGUUACCGCCCACCCCGGAGUCCCCAGCUCGGUCGGGGUCUGCAGGUCUCGCUGAGUUGGUGGAGUCUACUUCCAGGGAUGGGUCUCGUGAGGGGUCAGGGUCAGGGGGUUCGCUGGAGGAGGUGGUCGGGUCUCGUGAACAAACACCAAGGUUACGAGCCCGGGCUAGCGCGAGACGGUCUUCGAUGCAUGCAGCCAGUUUACGUCUAGCUAGACAUACAACGCCUAGACCUUGAAGUUAUUUAACAGCUAUUUUAACGCUAUAACGGUUAUAUGAAAACUUAAUAUCGGAGUAUUAAUACGUUGUUAAUGUUGCGUUCGACUCUAUGGUGUGUAAAUGUUACAUAAAAAAUCAAAAUUUUGUCUAUGUUUAACAAAUCAUUAAUUAUCUAGUUUUUUUUAAUCUAGUUAGCAGUUGGUAAACUUAACAUUGUAGCUCGAUUAAAAUUUACUAUUUCAAACAAUUUUCAUAAAGUCACUUUCACUAUUAAUAAAACUUUUUUAGACAUGGUAUGACAUUCCAUAAAGCCUUUACCAAAUAACUUCUAUAAAAAGUUUUUUGGCUUUCUCGAAACAGAAUCAUUAAAAGUUUAACUUCUUUGACAAUUUUCACAAAUUAACACAAAUUAAAAAUAAUAGCAAUAGUUUUUAUUUUUUAUUACUUUUAGAGAU